AUGUCGCCGAAUCCGCACGCCUCUUAUGAGAAGCAUAUGGGGAAAGAGUACGGGGCUCCCCAGGAGCCGCCACGAUCGGCGAAUCGAUCUCCACAACUCAACAACACGGUCGAGAGCUCAGAAGCAGGCGCCGGUCUGACCAUGGAGCAAUACGAUCACUCUUGUACCUAUUUAUCGUCUCGAGACGCAUUCAAUAGUCCUGCAAUCCCCUCUAGCCAUACCGAGCGUCCCCACGCCAACGAGGAAGCCGGCUACGAUCUCGCUCACACCGUCAUCCACGCAGUCGGUGCCCACCUCGACCUCCCCUACCACUACUCCCACUCCUCCCCUUCCUCCCUCACCCUCUCCUCCCUCCCUGGCAACGCCGAAUGGAACCCCACCUCCGAAAGCACCCCCAACCCCAUCGAGGCCCUCCAGCAAGUCACCCAGCAGAUCCACGCCCGCCAUCCACCACAUCUCCACCAGUCACCCGUCCCCUCCGGCCCCGUCGUCUACCCGAUCGACCAUCGCGGCGGUUUCGCACGACCCAACACCCCCGCAUACGGGACAUCGGGGGCGAGCGCCGCAUCGAGCGGGCGGGGAUACGCGUCCGCUGCGCACCAUAGCAGCACUACGUGCUCGGCGGUGUUGCCGCCGUGCGACAUGGAGGACGAUCUGCGGGGUGUGGGGCUGCAUAAUCUGCAUUGUGACGGCUGGCAUCGGGUGCGGGAGACGGGGUAUUUUUUUACGAAGGAGCCGCUGGUUUUGGUUCCUUGUUCUCGGUUGGCGUUGUGUCCGCUGGCGGAUCAGGGGAUCUGGAGCGAGUUACGGUAUGGCUAG